CUGUCAUUUGUUGUUUUGCUAUCGGAAAAUUUAGACAAAGUUGUUUUGCGUGAGACAUGUAGUUUCUGAAAAAGUUUAUAAUAUCUAUGUAAUAAAACAUUGUUCAUAAUAGUAACAAAAGUUGAAUUAAAGUUUUAUAGUAAAAGUAUUAUAACGUUUGGUAUAUUUUAUACCAAAGAGAAGAAAAACGAUUUUGAGGUGGGGCUCCGGAAGCUCAGUAUAUUUUGGCGUAAUCGAUAAAGCAUUACAAAUAGUUUAUACUAAAAAAAAUAUUUACUUUUAGCAAAAAUGGCACGCCCAAUAUAUGCCAAUCAGCAAAAAAUUGCUGAAAAAUUAAUUAUAUUAAAUGAUCGCGGUUUGGGUAUUUUAACUCGUAUUUAUAAUAUAAAAAAAGCAUGCGGUGAUACCAAGUCUAAGCCAGGAUUCCUAUCGGACAAAGCAUUGGAGUCAUCAAUUAAAUUUAUUGUUAAACGUUUUCCCAACAUUGAUGUAAAAGGAUUAAAUGCAAUUGUUAAUAUAAAGUCCGAGAUUAUAAAAUCACUAUCAUUGUAUUAUCAUACAUUUGUGGAUUUGUUGGAUUUUAAGGAUAACGUUUGUGAGCUACUAACAACAAUGGAUGCUUGCCAAAUACAUUUGGAUAUAACGUUAAAUUUUGAACUUACAAAAAAUUAUUUGGAUUUAGUUGUCACGUAUGUUUCUCUUAUGAUCGUAUUGUCUCGUGUUGAAGAUCGCAAAGCUGUUCUGGGAUUAUAUAAUGCUGCUUAUGAGCAACAAAAUAAUCAAGCUGAUGCUGGCUUUCCACGUCUAGGACAAAUGAUUUUAGAUUAUGAAGUCCCACUUAAAAAAUUAUCCGAAGAAUUUAUACCACAUCAGCGACUUUUAACAAAUGCGUUGCGUUCAUUGACGACCAUUUAUCCUUUGCGAAAUUUACCGGCCGAUAAGUGGCGAGAAAUGCAAAAAUUAAGUCUCGUCGGUAAUCCAGCAAUUUUAUUAAAAGCCGUACGUACCGACACAAUGUCUUGUGAAUAUGUUUCGUUGGAAGCAAUGGAUCGUUGGAUCAUAUUUGGUUUACUGCUAAAUCAUCAAAUGUUGGCUCAGUAUCCAGAAGUCAACAAGAUAUGGAUAUCAGCUUUAGAAUCCAGUUGGGUAGUCGCACUUUUCCGCGAUGAAGUACUACAAAUUCAUCAAUAUAUACAAAAUACUUUUGAUGGCAUAAAAGGCUACAGUAAGCGUAUUGCUGAAGUAAAAGAAGCAUAUAGCACAGCCGUUCAAAAAGCUUCAUUGAUGCACAGAGAAAGAAGAAAGUUUUUACGUACUGCCCUUAAAGAACUGGCACUAAUUAUGACAGAUCAGCCAGGUUUAUUGGGUCCUAAAGCAAUAUUUAUUUUUAUUGGAUUAUGUUUGGCUCGGGAUGAAAUACUUUGGCUUCUUAGACACAAUGAUAAUCCUCCAAUGUUAAAGAAUAAAGGUAAAAGUAACGAAGACUUGGUUGAUCGUCAAUUACCUGAGCUACUAUUUCACAUGGAAGAGUUACGUGCACUUGUGCGCAAGUAUAGCCAAGUUAUGCAACGUUAUUAUGUGCAGUAUUUAUCAGGUUUUGAUUCUACUGAUCUUAACAUCAGAAUGCAAAGUUUACAAGUAUGUCCGGAAGAUGAGAGUAUAAUACUGUCUUCACUCUAUAACACGGCGUCCAAUUUAACAGUUAAACAAGUCGAAGACAAUGAACUAUUCGAUUUUCGUGCUUUUCGACUUGAUUGGUUCCGUUUACAAACUUAUAUGAGCGUUAGUAAAGCUGCAUUGCGCAUUAAUGAGCAUGUGGAGCUGGCCAGAUUACUAGAUUCGAUGGUAUUUCAUACACGUGUGGUUGAUAAUUUAGAUGAAAUAUUGGUUGAAACAUCCGAUUUAAGUAUAUUUUGCUUUUAUAGUAAAAUGUUUGACGAUCAAUUCCAUAUGUGCUUAGAGUUCCCAGCACAAAAUCGUUUUAUAAUUGCUUUUCCAUUAAUAUGCAGCCACUUUCAAAACUGCACACAUGAAAUGUGUCCAGAAGAACGUCAUCAUAUACGUGAACGCUCAUUAAGUGUGGUUAAUAUAUUUCUAGAGGAAAUGGCAAAGGAGGCCAAAAAUAUAAUAACCACAAUAUGUGAUGAGCAGUGCACAAUGGCAGAUGCAUUAUUGCCCAAACACUGUGCAAAAAUAUUAUCUGUGCAAUCAUCUCGUAAGAAAAAAGACAAAUCAAAAAAACAGUAUGAUGACAUACGUAAACCAGGUGACGAGUCAUAUAGGAAAACACGUGAAGAUCUCACCACAAUGGAUAAAUUACAUAUGGCUUUGACAGAACUAUGUUUUGCAAUUAAUUAUUGUCCUACUGUUAAUGUGUGGGAAUUUGCAUUUGCACCACGUGAGUAUUUAUGUCAAAAUCUGGAGCAUCGUUUCUCUCGAGAUCUUGUGGGAAUGGUAAUGUUUAACCAGGAAACAAUGGAAAUAGCAAAACCAAGUGAACUACUCGCAUCAGUAAGAGCAUAUAUGAAUGUGCUACAAACUGUAGAAAAUUACGUACAUAUCGACAUAACGAGAGUUUUUAAUAAUUGCUUAUUGCAGCAAACCCAAGCAUUAGACUCUCAUGGUGAAAAAACAAUUGCAGCACUCUAUAAUACUUGGUAUAGCGAAGUCUUGUUACGACGUGUGUCAGCAGGGAAUAUUGUAUUUUCGAUAAGUCAAAAAGCGUUUGUGCCUAUUUCACCCGAAGGUUGGGUACCUUUUAAUCCUCAAGAAUUUUCAGAUUUAAAUGAAUUGCGCGCAUUAGCAGAACUGGUAGGACCGUAUGGUAUUAAAACACUCAAUGAGACCUUAAUGUGGCAUAUCGCCAAUCAAGUGCAAGAAUUAAAGUCACUUGUUGGCACUAACAAAGAUGUUCUCAUUACAUUACGCACAAGCUUUGAUAAACCAGAAAUAAUGAAAGAACAGUUUAAACGUUUGCAAGAUGUUGAUCGUGUAUUGCAGCGCAUGACAAUUAUUGGUGUAAUACUUUGUUUCCGUAAUUUGGUACAUGAAGCAUUAGUUGAUGUGUUAGAGAAUCGAAUACCAUUUUUGCUUAGUUCUGUAAGAGAUUUUCAAGAACAUUUGCCGGGUGGUGACCAGAUUCGCAUAGCUUCAGAAAUGGCAUCAUCAGCUGGUCUUAUGUGCAAAGUAGAUCCCACGCUUGCCAAUACAUUAAAAUCGAAAAAGCCAGAAUUUGAUGAAAGUGAACAUUUAACGUCAUGCUUACUUAUGGUUUUUGUUGCAGUUUCCAUACCAAAAUUAGCGCGUAAUGAAAACUCCUUUUAUCGUGCAACAAUCGAUGGACAUUCAAAUAAUACACAUUGCAUGGCUGCAGCAAUAAAUAAUAUUUUCGGUGCAUUAUUUACCAUAUGUGGUCAGAACGAUAUGGAGGAUCGCAUGAAGGAAUUUUUAGCUUUGGCUAGUUCAUCAUUAUUGCGUUUAGGACAGGAAUCUGAUAAGGAGGCUACACGUAAUCGUGAAUCAAUUUAUUUACUGCUGGAUGAAAUAGUUAAACAGUCUCCUUUCUUAACUAUGGACUUGCUUGAAUCUUGCUUUCCUUACGUCUUGAUACGUAAUGCGUAUCAUGCUGUUUAUAAACAGGAACAAAUAUUAGGUCUAUAAGUGCAUGCACAACAGUAAUUUCGUAUUGUAACUGAAAUACAAUUAAUUUUAGAAUAAGUAUUUAAAAAUAUUACAUUUUUAUAAACAAUAUUUAAUGGAUAAUCACUAAUUACAAACAUGUUUUAUAUUACAAAUUAAAAAUCUAAAUUG